AUGGGUUGCUGGACAAACCCCUGGCCAGUAUUUCUGAUACUUUUAUGCUCUGUACCAAAUAUUUUCAGCAUUUGUCCAAAGAAGUGUGUGUGCUUUCUAAGAGACAGACAUGUUGACUGCUCAAUCAGGAACCUCACUGCUUCUCCACAUGGACUGCAAGACAAUGUGACACACCUGAACUUCUCUCAUAACCAUUUGACCAACUUAGAUCAUCAGCUCACUAGAUUCACCAACCUCAGGUCACUUGAUGUUUCUCACAACUUCCUGAGGAACCUUCCUGCUCAUUUGCCAAGAUCUAUGUGGUCAAUUUAUGCCUCACACAACAGCAUUAAUGUUAUUCACAAACUGGACACGGUUUAUCAAUGGAAUCUGAAAACAUUGGAUGUAUCCUGGAACACACUGCAGAGGGUAGUCCUCAUUAAUAACACACUGGGUAGCCUACAGCUUCUGAAUCUGAGCAACAACCAGCUCUGGACUGUACCUACCAACAUGCCAUCCAACAUUCAAACUGUUGACUUGUCAAAUAACUACUUGAUACAAAUCCUACCAGGAACACUAGUGAGACUGCAUAACCUUCAAAAUCUCUAUCUGCACAACAACAGAUUCACCUACAUACCUAACAAAGAAUUUGACCACCUCGCACAGUUAAAGGAGUUAACUCUCUAUAACAACCCUUGGUCAUGCAAGAAACCACAAAAUAUCCUGUACCUGCUAAAGUGGGUUAGAGAAUCAGGUCAACAUAUCAUUGGCUGUCCCUGCGCUAAUGAAACCAUCACACAUCUGUCAUCUCCAGUUGAAGAAUCUGAAGAGCUGCUGGAUUAUAAACCAUUACUUCCUACCUCUAGUUUGACAUUCCUGGAGGCCCAAGAAGAGAAAACCUACGAACAGGUACCAUUGUCUAUGGCUGUAACAUUAGCCCCUAGUAUAGCAAGUACUUCUGUGGCAAGCAGAGAUGAAUUUUUAUUCCUAAACGAAGGCUCCGCUGAUGAAAUGAUUAAUUUAAAUGACAGCAUUAUUAGUAAAAAUGACCCUCCUCUAUUAACAUCAAUAGAAAUUGAGAGCAUGGAGGUACAUGAUACUACCCUACCCAAAAGAAAAGGAAAGUCUUACAACAUAACAAAGGUAACAGCCAGCCCCACUGCAUCUACCGUGGUACCAGGCAGCACUGUAAAAAUAAAAAAUCACAUUCACUCAUCUGCACAGACAGAGAAGUUUCUAGCAGCUAUGUUUAUACCUAUACUUUUGGCACUUAGGGCUAUCUGA